CCCCUCUUCACUCGCUUAGGUUUCUUGAGGUUCUGCUGCUCUGCUCUUGAUUAGUCUUCUUCCCCUGUGUGCUCUUUUGAUCAUAAUUUCUUUGGGUUCUCGAUCCAAAUUCGAAAAACUCUUCCUACUAGCUUCUGUUUAACUUCAUUCUUGGAGAAAGAUCUGUCUUCGGGAGUUCCUUUCGCAAGUUUCUUCCCUGUUCUGCGCAAUCCAUCUUCAUACACACUCUAUCUGACCAAAUCCUACAAACCAGCAUCCGAAAUUUGCCGCUAAAGCAAGGGAGGUUUACUCGUAACUACGUACCGAUAUCUGAGCUUCGUUCCAUUCACAUGCAGUGUCUGUAUCUCUUGAUGUUUCUCGUUGCUGCCGCUUAUCCCAAGUGAAAUUAAUUCUCCUGCGCGAGUUUAUGAUACACUCCAUUUUUCAGCGCAUGACAAACCUCGCUCAGUCCUUCUCUGUGGCCUUUCUUUACUGGUUCUAUGUGUUUCAUGAGCUCGUCGCGAAGAACUGAGACCCCGUCCCUCUUCUCAUAAAUAAUUAAUCUCCUCCUCUUUCUUGCUUCUCAGAAACAUAACUCAGCUGUCGCUCCACCAGAACGCAGUGUUUCCCGGAGCACAACUUGUCAAGGCAACUAAAUAUUCAGAUAUCUUCUUGUUUCACGAUUUUUCUGAUGGCUUCUCCUAGUGGCACUUCUUCCGGAUCCAGCCAGCUCCUUACCUCUGGUUCAGAAGAAGACCUGCAAGCCGUGAUGGACCAGAAGAAGCGGAAACGAAUGAUAUCGAACCGGGAAUCGGCGAGGCGGUCGAGGAUGCGCAAGCAGAAGCAGUUAGCCGAUCUCACGGCAGAGGUGAUGCGGCUGAGGAGGGAGAACGACCAGGCCGUCGUGGCCUUGAACCUCACCACGCAGAGCUACUCCGUCGUGGAGGCCGAGAAUUCCGUGCUGAGGGCUCAGGCGAUGGAGCUCACCUACAGGCUGCAGUCUCUCAAUGAGAUCGUCGACAACCUGAAUGAAAACAGCAUCAGCCCAUGGAACUUCUUGUGUAUGAAUCGGCCUAUCAUGGCGUCCGCAGAGAACAUGCUCUACUACUGAUUGAUCCAUGAGCGGCAGCCAUAGAUUCCGUAGCUAAUAAUGGUGCCUGCUCCUCCUUGUUUGGCAUGCAUCUCCCGUUUGCGUACUCUUCCGGCGUGUUAUUCUCGUGUUUGGGGUGAAUCGCACCCAAGAUAUUUUAUCAUUUGGGCUUAUGGGGACCCACCCCAUUAUGUACGAAUAUUAGUCUUACGACCACGAAGCUUGCUUGUUAUUGUGGAAGGUUUUUCCCACCA